UGUUACCUGAGUAUUGAUAAUCAUUUAUGCAUGGAACCUGAAUUCUCUCUUAACAGGUCUGAUGAUCUCUGUAAUGAUUCAGCAAAUGUAUCCGGUAUAACAACAGUCAUCAGCUCAUAUUUAUUUUGUAUUGUUGUUGGCUCUAUAUCAGUCCUUAUAAUGUGUGGAAAUCUUCUUGUAAUAAUCUCCAUCAUUUACUUCAAACAGCUCCACACUCCUACAAACUACCUCAUCCUAUUUCUGGCUGUGGCUGACCUGCUUGUUGGGGUUGUAGUUUUGCCUUUCAGCAUAAUACUGACCGUGACUUCAUGUUGGUAUCUUGAAGAUUUACUCUGUAAGAUAAGAGGCAGCUUUGAUGCAUUUCUGUGUGUAUCUUCUAUUUUGAACUUGUGCUCUAUCUCUGUUGACAGAUAUUAUGCAGUGUGUCAGCCUCUGAGCUACAGAACUAAAAUGAAUGUUCAUGUUAUUGUUGUCAUGAUCCUGUUGAGCUGGACUGUUUCUGCAUUAAUUGGAGUUGGCAUCACAAUACAUGGAUUUAAUGAAGGGCAAUCAAAUAGGUGUGUUUUAUUUCAAAAUACAAGAUCAGCAAUUAUGGGAAUUGUUUUUGCUUUUUAUAUCCCAGCUAUCAUAAUGUUCUCCAUCUACCUAAAGAUUUUCAUUGUGGCACAGAGACAGGCACGCAGCAUCCAGAACACAACCUGUCAGAGAAAAAAGUCUGGAGCAGCUGUCAGUAAGAGUGAGAGAAAGGCCACCAAAACUCUGGCUGUUGUUAUGGGAGUAUUCCUCAUCUGUUGUACUCCUUUCGUCCUUUGUAUCACUUUUUACUCUUUGAGUAAUUACACAAUACCAGUUCCUUUGAUUGAAACAUUUAAAUGGCUUGGAUGGUCGAACUCAAUGCUAAAUCCAUUUGUCUAUGGUUUCUUUUACCGCUGGUUUCGAUCAUCUUUCAGAAUGAUAAUUUCUGGGAAAAUAUUUCAAGGUGAUUUUACUAAUUCUAAGCUCUUUUGAUUCAUUGUUAAAGUGUUGUUAUUUUACUAAUGCUGUAGUUUGACACUGAAGAUUAGCUUCUUUUUCUCUGCAUGUCAUAGAUUUACCUGUAUGUACAACUCACUGCAGAGGAAGCCCCUCGAACAUUAUGU